ACGUCCGGUUCCUCUAAUAUUCUAUGAAAACCGGAUCCAGCCUUCUCAGCAACCUUGUGGGUCUCAUCAAAAAUAUUUAACUUUAACAUACAGCACGAAUCUUUCCAGUUCAGAGUUCCUGGCAAUGUUGGGAAUUGCAGGCAUGGUCAUCAUGGCCUUCGUCUCAGUAGCUGCUACCUGCCCCGCCGAGCCCUGUGAGUGUCUGGACAACGUUACAGUCAGCUGUCUUCACAAGAGCCUGAGGAGGUUUCCCAACCUUCCAGAUGGUACAGAGGAGCUUUAUUUGGCCGAUAAUCAGAUCCAGGCGUUCCCCACCGGUGGCCUGGAGAAGCUGCAGUUCUUGGAUCUCACCAAGAACCAUCUCAAUUUCUCCUUGACCUCCACCUGGCCGAACAUGAGCAGCCUGGACAAGCUGUUCCUCGGCAGUAAUUCCCUGGGUUCACUGGGCCCCGGGCAGCUCCAGGUCUUCCCGGCAGUCACAUUCCUGGACUUAAGUGAGAACCACAUGGAGGCCCUGCACCCAGGAUCCCUCCAAGGUCUUGACCGAUUAAAUACACUCAUCUUAACGCUGAACCAGAUCAACAGCCUGCAGUAUGGGGCACUUAGUGGAGCCCCUGUGCUCACUGAACUACUCUUGAGCAGCAACCAUAUUGUGGAGUUGGAGGAAGGAGUGUUUCAAAACUCGUCAGAGUUGGUAAAGCUGGUUUUGUCCAAAAAUCGCUUGGCAGGUAUUGGGAAUAGCACAUUCAGAGGAGCAGUUAAACUGAGUCACCUGGACCUCAGUGGAAACAGGUUAGGGUAUGUACCUGUUGUAGCCCUCAAGGAUGUGCCAAAUCUGCACAGCCUGUACCUCCAGAAGAACAGCAUCACCUUCUUACCAGAAAAUGCAUUCUCUGAGCUCAACAAUCUAAGUAUUUUGGUUUUGAAUAAUAACCACCUGAGCAAAAUGGCAGAGGACUCACUCAGAGGUCUAUCUCACCUUGAUCAUUUGGAUCUGAGCUUCAAUGAACUGCAGUCUUUUCCCACAAAUGUAUUUCAGUAUACAGGAAGACUGAAGGUUCUGGAUCUCUACCAGAACAGCCUGACAUACCUCCCGGAAGACCUGUUUAGGAACUCAACAAGCCUCAGAGAGCUGCAACUUGACAGCAGCAAUAUCUCAAACAUUUCACCAUUGCUUUUUCACUGGGUUUCUCAGCUGACCGAGCUCCAGCUGGCCAACAAUCAUAUAGCCGAUCUUCACCAAGCCUUGUUCUCCAGUCUGAGGAAGCUGGAGAUACUCUCCCUUGACAACAAUGCAAUAAGCAGGAUUCCCAGAGCACUGUUCCGGAAGACCAAGAACCUCAGGGAACUUCAGCUGGAUCAAAACAAACUCAGGUCUCUCCCUAGGUCCGUCUUCCAUGACCUAACUAAACUCAAGUCUCUGAAGCUUUCUACUAACCAUCUCAGAGCUCUUCACCCCGAGCAGUUUUUUACACUUGGAAAACUAAGAGAGCUCAUGCUGAAUGAAAACCUGAUAGAAGAUCUUCCCGCGGGCUUGUUUUCAAUGCUUCAAAGCCUUAAAGUGCUGGAUUUGGACAACAACCACCUCACAGCACUGACUCCUGCAAGCUUUGAUGGGUUGGGCAACCUUAAGGAGCUUCAUCUCAGCUUCAACCAGCUCUUUGACAUCCCAUAUGCCACAUUCCAUUCCCUCAAUAAUCUACAUAGGCUCUAUCUCCAGAACAACCGACUGGCGGCUUUGCAUCCUAAAGUCUUUGCCCGUCUCAACAAUUUACAGGAACUUGACUUGGAAAACAACCAGCUUAAACAGCUAGACCCUGAUUUGUUUCGAGGCCUUCACCGUCUCCAGAAGCUAUGCCUGAAGUCAAAUCACAUCAGUACUCUUAUAAAUGGGACACUGGAGCCUCUGGAGAGCCUGAAGGACCUCCGCCUAGAGGGGAACCGUUGGGACUGCUCCUGCAGGUCACCCAUCAUGUACAUCAGUAACUGGAUCAACAACAACACCAUGAAGCUACAGGACAAGCCCAUGUGUUUCCUACUCAAACUAUCCAUCGACCAGCCUGCGCAUUUGUUCAAACCCUGUGCAAGCUUAGCAUCCUGCCUUAGAUACAAACAUUUCCUAAUAGUUCUGGCAACGUUUACAAUACGGCUUCUGACUGAUGGUUUUCCGUGACUUCCUUUCGCAGUUUCGUUACUGUCCCGAUAGAUGGAAGUGAAUAUCGAUUCCUGCAUACGUACGUUACACAUACAUAAGUGUGUGCUUUCAGCUUUAACUUCUUGCUUUCUUAUGUUUAUGGUUUAUUGCCCAUGCAACUGUCUAUUGUACAUGAAUAACUUUGAGGGUUUAAUGUAAAGACUAUAAUAAAACCGAUGAAAUGUUUUGUGCUUUAUUGAGGAUUCAUCAUUCUAUUUUUAAUAAAACUACUUAAAUGUGUGUUAAAAAAAAUUCAACCCACAACUUAUUGUUUAUCUAAAUCCCCCAGACAUCAAAGAGUCAAAUAUACUUUAGGCUACAAACACUAAAAGGUCAUUAUAGUAUGUGAAUGACCAAAUGUGAUUAACUUGAAAUAUAAAGAAACGAAAGGCCCAGUACCAUCAACAUUGUACAAUAUUGUACACUGGCUGAUGAAACCAACCCUGUAAAAUUGAGAACAUUUUAGUUUUUAACACUUUAACAGUGUUAUAUCUAGUAAUGGUUUCUGACUGAAUAAACUGUUGACAUUGUACUGAAAUCAGCAGGUUUUCACCAGAAGGAAUGUGAGCUUGCAUAGCAUAGACAAGUCCGAUUUUCCUUUAACUCUUUACCUGGCUUUGCUUCUUUUUAUAUCCUUUGAUCCUGUCACUGAAGAGCAUACC